AUGUGCGACGUGGAAGAAAGUUGGGAAUCAGCUCACGCUGACUUUUCCAUUCUGGAUGAUGAUCUUAUAUUUAUUUACUCAUUUUUCGAAAGCUCUAAAACCUACGACUUUCAAGAAGAUCGCCUAGACGUAAAUAGUAACUUGAAGUUAGUCGCUGAUAAACUGGGUGUAAAAAAUACUCGUACACGUCUAAUCCCGUUUCUGACUAAUUAUAUUAUUGCUGGAAAACUGACCGAGUUAAAAGAAUUGGCCCUUAUUUUAGGAGAUUUUGAAUGUUAUGUCGGAGGACCAAAAUACGCUCAUGUUUUGCUUUCACCAUUGGAAGAAUUAGCGGGUUGUAAAUCGAGCGAUGUCAGAAUGGCUGCCGUUAGAUCACUGUUGGCAGUAGCUGGAAUCAUGGAAGUCAGUGAUUUAGAAGCAUACUUUAUACCAAUGAUUGCGAAUAUGGCGGUUAACGAUCAGUGUGCCAAAAAAUGGUCAGUUUGUCAUUUGUUUUCCGCCGUGUAUUUACGUGUCGACCCUGAAUAUCAAGAAAAUUUAAUGCAGUAUUACUACUAUUUGAGUUCAGAUACAUUACCGUCUGUUCGUCAGGACGCGGCUAAAUGUUUGGCUGACUUGAGUGAAGUAGCUCAGUUACCGGUCAUCGUCACCAACAUAAUACCUCGAUUAGCACAGUUUAGCGCCGACCAAAAUGAACAUGUGAGGACUUUAGCUCUAUCGUCGGCCAUUAUGAUAUCGAAACGCCUCGACGCGAUCUUCACAGAACAGAAAAUCAUUCCGAUCAUACUGAAUUCCAUUGAAGAUCGAUCGUGGGGAGUGCGAUUGACUGUCGUCAAAAACAUUACCAAGGACAUGGUAACAUUGCCUGAAGAUCGUUUGAUCUGUUGUUUGAAAGCUUUUAUUAUCAACGAUUCGUGGGAAAUCCGGAAUGCGGGAGCAAUGCACCUAGGCACAUUGGCCGUUCAAAUGGGCAUAACGUUUUUCGAAGAGUACUUGAAGCAAGCGUUUUACAUUUUAUUAGUCGACUCAAAAUCAGCUGUUCAGUGUACUGCGAUGGAAGUGCUUAAAACGUUGGUAAACGAAUUCGGAAUGGAAUGGGCACAGUCGUCGGUUGUGCCGUACUUGAUAAAUUUAUCAUAUACAAGAAAUACUUACAACAAAAUGGCGUUCUUAUCGUUCGCCAAAGUAUGUGCAACCGUCAUUUGUAUACGAUUUAGAUCUUUAAUAAUGAACACGAGGGAAAAUUUGAUUCAGAUAUUCCAGACAGCCAUCGCUCGUGAAUGGUAUUGUUCAGCGUUUUUCCCUGAAAAGUAG